GCUAAAUCGGAGAUCUAACGUUGUGAUUAUCCCACAGGCUAAAUAAUACAUCUUAAACUGUAAUACUUGUAAAAAUAUAUUGUUCUUCCUGGCAGCUAGGACAGCCAGCGUUCUUCGUUUUCAUUUUUUUUUUUUUUUAAAACUGGAGUUGCUUCCCUUCACUCACCAAUCUUUACAAUGAAAAGAUAAAAACUGGGCCAUGUGUUGUCAUAGUCUAAAGAAUUAUAACCAUGAAAUCAGCGGAAGUUGCAGUAUUAGUUACCUUGACUAUUACCAUAGAUUUUGUGAUGGGUGAGAUAAAAGGGGCGUUUGUUAUGCCACAUGGUGGCAUUGCCUUGGAUCCUUCCAAGUUCCACACCACUAACAAAACGGCACUAGAGGAAGCUUGGAAGAUCCACACUGCGUGUGCUCAGAUUGGAAGUAGUGUUAAUGAGCUACAACCGGACCUCAUUCUACUCAGCACACCGCAUGGCAUAUCAGAUAUAAAUAAUUUCUUAUUUUAUUUGAAUCCUAAGAUGGAAGGCUAUGCAAAUACCGACAAUACGGGACCACCUCCUUAUGUUUCUCUAUCAGUAAAUUCAGAUGUGCAUAUUUCCGGGGAUCUUGUUCAACACUUUGGUUCUAUGAGAAACGUUUCUGGGUUAAGUGCCUAUGGUCCACCAGAAGAAAGCACAGAACCAUUUCCUUUAAGAUGGGGUGAAGUUAUACCUCUUCAUUUUAUGCCCAACCUGAAUCAAACAAAAGUGGUUAUCUUGUCUCAGCCAAGUAGGCGAUACAAUGAUGAUAUGCCAACGAUGAUUCCCGAACUGUUGAAAUUAGGUUAUGAUAUUGGAAAAUACUUUGAAAGUAAAAAGAAAACAGCUGUAGUCAUUAUUAGUGCUGAUCUGGCUCAUACUCACUCUAAAGAUGGUCCUUAUGGUUAUUCAGAUGCAGCUCAACCAUUCGAUGAUGCGUGUGGAAAAUGGGUAGAAAAUCUGGAUGAACAAUCAUUAACAAAGGAAGCUGCUAGUUAUGUUAUUAAAGCUAAGUCUUGUGGAUACACUGGUUUGGUCAUGUUGCAAGGUUUGUUAUCAGCAAGUUCUGGUGGAAUCAUGUCCUGGCAAUCUCAACUAUACGCCAAUUAUCACCCAAGUUACUAUGGUAUGAUGGUGGCAUCAUUCCUUAGAAAAUAAAUCAUGUUAUUCUGUUAA